AUGCCCGACGACUCCUCCAAGAACUCUUCUCCGCCAAAAUCAGAAAAAUGGAUUUCCAUUUCCCUAGUUGCAGGGACAGCGCUCACUCUCGCCAUUCCAUGGACACUACUAUCCCUACGAAAAAGAAUCCGUUCUAAUGCUCUGGCAAAGGCCCCUCCGCGUAGAACAGGAACUGUCGCGUUCAAGAUCCAACCAAUAACUGAAGCGAAGCCUGUGGCUUCUCCUGUAACUGAAGAAACGAAAUCGUGGAAGAGUCUUUUUCCUUCUGAAAAGGAUGCAUCGGUCAGACCACACGCGCCGGCCGAUGGUGCCCGACGGGCGCUGUACACUGUAGGAGCCUUCGGAAUUUCCACGGCUCUUGUCGGUAUCGGUGCAUUGGCGACUAUCUGGGGUACUCAGCUUCUACUGGGCGUUGACACGGUGGAUGAGUUCGCUGUUAUGAUGCGAACGUCCGUAGCUACAAAGCUAGCCCCACUCUCGGCUCGUAUCCACAGUUUCCAUAAACCUGAACUCGACGACGGUGUGCCUUCGGACCCGCAAUGGAAAUGGGACGAAGCUGAGAAGCGUUUAGAGGAGAUUUUUGAAAAGCAGGGAGGUUUUGCUUGGGCAGAGGCUGCACUUCGGGAAGCUGAGAUAGAAGCUAAACUCGAAAGGGAAAAACGAAGAGAAAUGCAGGAGAAAGCCAAGCGGCAGUAG